UUAUAUCCGAGCAUUGCGAAGAGGUGCUCUGGUUACGUACUCGAGUUAAUAAUCAACCAUUCUUGUUUCGCUCUCUCCCCCAAUCUCUCUCUCUCUGCAAAUUCGCUCCAAUGGCGUCCUCUUCUUCAUCCUUUGCUACUAAUUUUACUGGUUUUAAGCCUAUGGCGAUUAUGGGUGAUAAUUAUCAUUGUCUUCACUCACUCAGACAGGAUUUCGCCCCUUCUUUGAAAUCCAAGUCAAGUUUUAGCUCCAAUUUUUUGUCUCUUUCUGUCACCCGGAAAUUGCCCAGAAAAAGAUUUCAAGUGAAUUCAGUGAGUGUUCCAACAGAAUCUGUUGCUGGCUUUGAUGAAAUGGUCUCCGGAACUCAGCGCAAGUACUACAUGCUCGGUGGAAAGGGGGGAGUCGGAAAGACUAGUUGUGCUGCAUCACUUGCUGUUAAGUUUGCAAAUAAUGGUCAUCCAACUCUAGUGGUUUCAACUGAUCCUGCUCAUUCUUUAAGUGACUCCUUUGCCCAGGAUUUAACUGGGGGGAGGUUGGUGCCCGUUGAAGGUCCCAUCUCUCCGUUGUUUGCCCUUGAGAUAAACCCUGAACAAGCAAGGGAAGAAUUUCGAAGUGCCAGCAAGAGCAAUGGUGGGAGUGGGGUCAAAGAUUUCAUGGAUGGAAUGGGUCUGGGGUUAAUUGCAGAUCAGCUUGGGGAACUAAAGCUUGGGGAGCUUCUGGAUACACCUCCACCGGGAUUAGAUGAAGCUAUUGCAAUUUCAAAGGUUAUUCAAUUUCUCGAAUCACAAGAAUACAACAUGUUCACGCGGAUAGUGUUUGAUACCGCCCCCACUGGCCAUACUCUGCGACUUUUGUCAUUGCCAGACUUCUUAGAUGCAUCCAUUGGGAAGAUAUUGAAGUUAAGACAGAAGAUUGCUUCGGCUACUUCAGCCAUAAAAUCUGUAUUUGGCCAGGAAGAAAAUCGGCAAGAUAGUGCUGACAAGUUACAGAAACUAAGGGAGCGAAUGAUAAAAGUGAGAGAGCUUUUCCGUGACACGAACUCUACAGAGUUUGUAAUAGUAACAAUUCCUACGGUGAUGGCAAUCAAUGAAUCAUCAAGAUUAAGUGCAUCGUUAAAGAAAGAAAGCGUUCCUGUGAAGAGACUAGUUGUUAACCAAAUUCUUCCCGUUUCUGCCUCUGACUGCAAGUUCUGUGCAAUAAAGAGGAAGGAUCAAACACGUGCUCUCAAUAUGAUCCAGAGCGAUCCGGAGCUCUCCAGCCUGGUCAUGAUCCAGGCACCUCUUGUUGAUGUUGAAAUCAGGGGUGUACCCGCGCUUCAGUUUUUAGGGGAAAUGGUUUGGAAAUAAAACAUGUUUGAUUAUGGAAGAUAUCAGGUCUUCGGGCAGCAACAAUCUCAAAGUAUUCCUUUUCAACUUUGACUCAGUCGUUCGUGCUAGGCUUCAGAAUAUCAUCCAUCACAGUGCCAAUUUUCACAUCUUUACACAGUCUGCAGAAACAUAUGAGCCUUCCAAGUGGUAGUCCACAAUUCACAAGCUAUAUGAACUUGGCUUCGUGUUGCUUACAGGAGCUCCGUUGUUCACACAAAAGUUCAUGGAAAGGGCGAAGAAACGACAUAUAGUUACCAUUGAACUCGGCACGCUUAUACAUCGCUCCUAGUCUAUGUAUUCGCUCCUUUGAAUUCUUUUGUUGAACGGUGUAAUGCAAUAUGGAGCUAUCUUAUUUUUGGCGUUUUAAGGAUUGCCAUUAUUUUGUGAUGAGAUUAAGUAUAUGUAACAUGUAUAUUGAGCACAAAUUUUGAGGAAAUAUUUUCUUUGUGCUA